AUGAGUUCUACGUUCGACAAGGCUCAAGUGGGCCUGGACGACGCAGCGGGGUUUCUGGGUGUAGAGCCGGGGUUUUUGGAAGGCAUUGACCAAGCCGUGGCCGCCGCCAUUGGCGCCAAAGCCCACGAAUUUCGUCAACUUCAAGCACAGAACUUGGAGUCCAGCGUUGUUGUCGAUGAGAUCAAGUCUGCAUCAGGCCAGAAACUAAACGCGUGUCACAUGCAGGUCCAGGAGCUGCAGCAAGAGCUACAGCAGCUGCGAGCCGAAUCGCGUGUUCUCGAGGACGCCCGGAGCAAGCUCGAGUCGCAAUUCCAGAUCACCCAGACAAGUCUCGAAACAUCACAGCUACAAGCGCAAGCGCUUCUGGGGCAGAAAGAGAUGCUCGAGAGCAGCAAGAAUGAUCUCGCAAAACUACUAAACGAAAAGAUACAAGACAAUUCUACACACCAGCAGGGAACCGAAAAACUGCUGGCGGAGGCCCGUCAGCUACGGGACAAAAACCUGGAGCUUGAGAAGCUUCUGCGUGACUCAAAGUCGCGGGAAUUGAAUGACAAGGCCGAGCUGCAUCAACUUUCGCAAGAGUUGCAGCUUUCUAAGUCCAAUAACUCAUGGCUAGAGAACCAGCUCUCAGAAGUCAAUUCCAAGUUCAACAAACAUAGAGAAAAGUCGCAUCAUCAAGUAUCACAACUGCUUCAAAAAUCAGAGGCCAGUAUGGCCGAACUGCAGAACUCGCACGAGCUCAUCAGCACGUUGCGAGAGCAAAAUGCCAAUCUCACUCAAUCAAUAGAGGUUAAGCUUGCUGAGCUCAAAAAAGUGACAGACGACUCCAAUACCGACAAAGCCGAGUUUUCUCGCGAGAUGGCUUUAAAACAACACCUCAUUGAUCUCCUUGAGAGACAAGUAAGUUCUUUUGAAAACGACCUAGAGCUCAAAGACUCGGCAGGAAUCACACAGUCAGACACUUCGACUUUGAUAGAGGAGUUGUGUCAAUCUAAGACCCAGUUGGCAGCAAGUGAAUUGGAAGUUGAAAAGCUUCAACAUACUGUUCAAGAACUUCUUCAGACAGCAGGAACUGAAGAAAAGCUCAACAGCGACAACAGCGAUGCGAAUCCUGUAACUAACAGCUUCUCAAUUCCCAAAUUGUAUGCUGACCUUUCUAUGUUGAAGAAACAGCUCAUACACGAAAAGCGCCAAAAAGAGCAUUUACAAAACCAAGUGGAAUCUUUCGUGCUCGAACUUGAGAGUAAGGUUCCUAUGCUAACUUCCUUCAAAGAUCGCAACGAAAUGCUUGAAAGGGAACUAUGCGAAACGGCUUACAUGCUGGAGUCAAUUUCACGGGAUAAAGAGGAUUUGCGAAGUGAUCUACAAAGAUCGCAAUCACAGCUAAGAGAUUACGAAGGUCAAAUCUAUAAACUGACAAAACAGCGUACAGAUUUGGCGCAUCAAAUUCAGUUCUUGCUGAUUCAAACAUCGGUCAAGAAUGACUCUAAUGGCCCUCUGACAGCCGAAGAAACCGCGUUCGUGCGGAAAAUUGUGGACUCGGGAAAUUCAUCUUCAGACCAGGACACGCAGAAAAUCAUUACACAGCGGUUAGUGGUAUUCCAGGACAUUGUGGAACUGCAAUCCAAAAACUCCGAGCUUGUGGCCACUGUUCGAGCACUGGCCGAUAAACUUGAAACUGAGGAGCGUGAAGCUAAAGCUAAAACAGAGUGCAUUGAAAACGACGUGAUCAACGAGGCUAAAGAAGCAAUCACCACCCUACAAGAACACGUACAAGAGCUAGAAUCCAAAAUCAAGAUAAUAUCCAAGGAGCGCGAUGCUUUGAAGGCAGUUAGGCCCGUUUCAUCGCCUGGUCGAGGAAGUACUUCGCAUGUUGUACCGACUGAUACUGGUGAUAUCAAGAGGCUAGCGCAACUCGAGGAUCAGUUGCGGAUAGCCAGGCGAGAAGCCGAGACCAAUGUGAAGAUGUUGAACGCCGAGUUGCAAGAAUUGCUGAGAUCUCGGGCAGAUUCACUGGUAGAUGUGGAAAAAGAAAGGUCGUCGAGAACAUUGGCGGAAGAAAGGCUGAAGAUGGCGAACGAGUCGCUGACCCUUAUAAAGCAAGAAAAUAAGCAAAUGACUUCAAAGUUACAGAAGCUUCAGGACACUGUUGUUAGACAAGAUGCUAAAACACAGGAAACGAUAAGUGAUAUUAUCGAUUGCAAGUCGCAGAUCGCCAGCUUGAGUUCAGAGUUAAAAAACUCGGUGGCCACCACCGAGCUGCUACGCUCUUCGCAUGAGAAAGAAAAAAGGAUCAAUGAUCAAUUAAUCGCUGAAAAGAACGAACUCUCAAUUCUUGUCGCUCAAUUGCAAAGUUUACAGAAGGAAAGAGAAAAAUUGAUGGAAGUUGCCGAAACGGGUUUUCAAUCAACACUGGAUAAUUUGAAUCGGGAAAUCAGCCAGCUUCGUGCCCAGUUGGCUUCAAAAACGCAAGACUUCGAGACUUAUGUCACUGCUGCAGAAACCAAGACCAAGUGGCAUCAAGAAAGGAUUGAAUCUCUAAAUGCAUCCUUGAACGAGACAACCACUAAACUCAACCUGCAAAUUCAAACUGUGCAGGAAUUUAAAACUCAGAAAACUUUACUCGAACAAAAGCUCACCGCACCUCGGGAGAAGUUGCCGUCAUAUGAAACUUUCAGCGACUCAAAGAUUGAUUCUGGGCAGGCCGAGGGCUUGAGGAACGAAAUCGAGAAAAUGAAAAUCAACCUCAAAGACGCUUACUCGCAGGUCGAUGAGUACAAGAAUAUUAACAUUUCUACAGAAGAGUGUCUGUCAAACGUCACUAAUGCAUUCGAGCAACUGAAAAGUACUCAUUCUACCGAGAUUGCCCAAAUGAAAGCUCAAGAAGACAGUCUUAGAGACGAAGUUUCGACUUUGAAAACGACACUUUCGAAACUUGCUACGGAGCUCGAGCACGAUAGGGCGCAGUUAAGCGCCAGAAAAGAUGACUUUGACACAAAGCUGACUGCUUUUAAGUCCAGUCAACAAUCGGUAGAUGCCUUGAAGGAGCAUUAUCAAAGUCAAGUAGACAAACUCGCGAACGAUGUGAAGGAACAAACCCUGUUUGCCAAUGAGGCCCAUCAAAAGUAUGAAGAGGAGCUUCAGCGGCAUGCAGAUGUUUCGAGAAACCUCAGCCGUGUGAGAGAAGAGUCUGCGUCAUGCAAAAAUCAACUGCAAGACAUGAUUGCAACGAACAAAGAGCUUCAAAAAGCUCUGGAUGGAAGAGAAGAGGCUUGGACAUCUAGGAAACAGGAUUACGAGUCACAAUUGGAUGCUGUCAAUCGUCGUGUCGAGGAUCUUCUCACUCAAAACCGACUACUAUUCGAUCAAAUUGAGGUCAAAUUUUCUGGUGAGAAUACCAAAAAUGAUACCGAGAAUAUACACAGCGACAGCCGUGAGCUCAUUCUGAGCUUGAGGAGAGAGUGUGACAUCUGUAAGGCAAAAUUAGAGGUUGCAAAUGGGGAUAAAAGCAUGCUACAGCGCAAGCUGCAAUUUGCUGAAGAUGAGCUUCUCGCACUUAAAGAAGAGGUGAAUAACCAUGAAGCUCAUGCAAGCAAGCUCUCAAUGAUGGCCGAAGAGCACGACAAGAUUUUGGAGCAAUUGAAUCAACUCAAUCUUUUGCGGGAAAGCAACAUCACGCUGAGAAACGACCUAAAAUCGAAGUCUGAUCGCAACGAAGAGCUGGAAAACAAGGUAGAAGUUUUACAAAAUGCUUCGGAGCCGCUUGAAAAUGAGCUCUCAAUCUUGCGCCACUCGAUAGCCGCAAAAGAUAAGCAAAUCACUUUAAUGACUGAGGAAAUCAAUCGUUGGAGGCAGAGAUCACAAGAUAUCUUACACACUUACGAACGAGUAGAUCCCGAAGAGCACAAAAAGAUGAUGGACGAACUGUCGCAAAUCAAAAAGGAACUUGCUUUGAAGACUGACCAAAAUGUGGAACUGGAAGACAGAUUCCAAAGGCUGAAGAAGCAGGCUCGCGAACGUUUGGAUGUCGCGCGAUCUUCGCAAGCAGCUUUGACCGGGGACGUGAACGCUCUGCGAGAGGAAAAGCAGGAACUCGAGGCUGCUCUCGAAAGGGAAAAAGAGGCUAUAAAAGCACUCAAGGAGACCAUUAAUUCACAUGAAGAAGAGGAGUCCAUUCAACAAGCCGCAGAAGGUGAAUUGCAAAGCCUGCGCAAUAAGCUGGCAGAGUCAGACUCCAGGAUCGAAGAAUUGCUGAAGCAGCCUGCUGAAAACGCUGAUGAUGAUGCGUUGCGCUCGGAGUUGGCACAGUUAAAAGAGCGUAUUUCUGAACUAGAAUUGCUUCUCGAAAAUACUCAAAACGAAGCCAAAGAGCUGGAGAAUCUGAAAGUUUCUUCAAGUCUAGAACAGUCGAUUGAGAUUGAAAGGAUCAAAAAAGAGCUUGUAAGUGAUAGUGAAAGGCUUAUUUCUGAAAAGGAAGCUGAAAUCAAACACAGUUUUGAAGAAAUGCAUGCGGAGCAACAAAGGCUUUUCGAGGAGAGAGUCAAAGAAGCUUCAAAGCAAGGAGCAUCUCCGGACAUUGAUGCUUUAAAGAAAGAAUGGGAGGCAGAGUACGAACAAAAAACUUUGAAAAGAAUUGAGGAGGCCAAUGAAUUGUUGAGAAAGCGCAUUCGUUUGCCAACCGAAGAGAAAAUUAACAAAAUUAUAGAGAGCAGAAAGCUAGAGCUUGACCGCGAGUUUGACGCAAGAGUUCAGCAACAAGCGGCUGAGCUUUCAAGUCAGAACGGGAAACCUGCAGACUCUGAUGCUGCUGAGAUUUCCGAAAGACACCAACAAGAGCUGGAAGAUAUGAAAGCGAUGAUUAAAAAGCAGAUGGAGGAAGAAAUGGCGGUGCUCAAACAGAAAGCGUUCAAUGAGGGCCAGCAGAAGGCUAGUAUGAAGUCUACUCUUUUGGAGAGAAAAAUUGCGAAACUGGAGGCCCAAGUGAAAUUGAACAGCGCCGGAACAGAGCUUAGUACCCCUAACACUGUAGCGGACCCAAUUCAGUCCGGAAGGCCAUCGUUAAUCACCGAAAAACCGCCUUUAGAAGUGAGUUCUGAAGAGGAUCAAAAACCGAGUGAGCAAAGCGAGCGAGCCCUCGUGCCGAUUGUAACUGCACCUUUAGUGGAACCGUCUGUGCAUAACAGUGAGAUAAGUGAAGCACAAGAGGCGCCAUUGCUACCUGCGGAGGGAUCAUCAAAAAGGCCCAGUGAGGAAGCUCAGACGGAGGAAAAUGUGAGCUCGAAGAAAAAUAAAACGGACCCUAAAUCUCAAUCUGAGAUGUCCUAA